GGAAUCCAGUCCGGGUUUUGGCGCCGGGGACCGGCGGCGGCGAGGAAGGGCGAGCGGGAGGGGACCGCGCGCUGCGCCCGACAGCCGGGCCGGGCCGGGCCGGGCGGGCAGCGGCGGAGGAGCAGGGCGCCGGGAGCAGGUGGGCGAGCGGCGGGGCGGCCGCGCCGGCUCCGGGCCCGCCUGGCCGCGGUCGCGGGCCCCCAUGGCCGCGGCGCGCCCGCCGCACACACCCACCGCCGCCCCCCGGUGAGCGCCGCCGCCGCCCCUCGGGCACCUCGGCGGGGCCGCUGCCCGCGGCCGGGGCUGAGCGCGGCGGGAGGCGGCCGGGCCGGGCCGGCCGGGCGGAGGCACCAUGCAGGCGCGGCGCUUGGCCAAGCGCUCCAGCAUGGGCAGCCGGCGGCUGAGCGCGGCGGCACCGCAGGUAGACGCGGUCCGGCCCCCCAAGCCCGAGAGCGCCUGGAGGCCGCCCCGGCGGGAGGGCUCCGCUGCGGCGCUGGAGGAAGAGGACGAAGACGAGGACGUGGUGGUUGAGGUGGAGGAGGAAGAGGAGGAGGAGGAGGGCGGCCUGGGGAGCGCCCCCCCGGCGCCGGCCGGCCACGGCAAGGGCCCCCUCCGGGGGAGCCUGAAGGCAGCCAACAUCAAGCGUGAAAUGACCUUCCAUGCAUUUCAACAGGAGGAUGUAAAAACUGACAUCAGUCGAAAACUGCCAGACCAACAGUUUCUCCUGUUCACCACAAAGGAGGAAGAUUUAAAAACAGCAGAGACCAAAAAACUAAACAGAGCUCAUGAAUAUGAAAAGGAAAACACUCGUUCUGUUUGUCUUCUGGAACAGAAGCGCAAGGUUGUUUCUUCAAAUAUUGAUGUGCCUCCAGCAAGGAAAUCUUCAGAAGAACUGGACAUGGAUAAAGUAACAGCAGCCAUGGUACUCACCAGUUUAUCCACCAGCCCUUUGGUCCGCAGCCCUCCUGUCCGACCCAACGAAUCCCUGAACGGAUCUUGGAAAGAAGGAGGAUUUGUGCCUUCUAGUACCAGCAGCAGUGGAUACUGGAGCUGGAACGCUCCCAGUGACCAGUCCAACCCAUCCACCCCAUCUCCACCUCUGUCAGCUGACAGCUUCAAGGCUUUCCGGACACCUUCCCAGCCAGAUGAUGGUAUUGAUGAAGGGGAAACAAGCAACCUUCUCUUCGAUGAACCCAUUCCUAGGAAGAGAAAGAACUCCAUGAAGGUGAUGUUCAAAUGCCUGUGGAAGAACUGUGGGAAGGUCCUGAGCACAGCUGCAGGGAUUCAGAAACACAUACGGACCAUUCACCUUGGACGUGUAGGAGAGUCUGACUACAGCGAUGGAGAGGAGGAUUUUUACUAUACAGAAAUCAGGCUCAACACGGACUCAGUAGCUGAUGGCUUAAGCAGUCUUUCCCCAGUCUCUCCAUCUUUAGCAUCUCCUCCUUCCUUUCCCACCCAAGACACAAUCCGUCCUGAAACUUCCUGUGCCAAAACCGAGACUAAAUUGAUGACACCUCUGAGCCGCUCAGCUCCUACCAACCUCUACCUCGUACACACGGACCACGCUUAUCAGGCCACUCCUCCGGUGAACAUUCCAGGGUCAGCAAAAUUCACUCCCAAUGGCAGUAGCUUUAGCAUCUCUUGGCAGUCACCUCCAGUUACCUUCACCGGCAUUCCAGUCUCACCAACCCAUAAUCGUCCUGCAGGGAGUGGAGAGCAGAAACAGUCCCACACAGUCCUUGCAUCACCGCCUAGAGUAGCAUUUGGCUUGAGGAAGCCUAGAGGGGAGGGGAAAAAGUGUCGGAAGGUCUAUGGGAUGGAGAACAGAGAUAUGUGGUGCACUGCCUGCCGAUGGAAGAAGGCCUGCCAAAGGUUCAUCGACUAACGAUUGAAAUUAUGCAGAGGAUUUGGGGAGGGGGAGGACAACAGCAGAAGCAGAUUGCUGCAGCUGCACUGUAUCACUUCCCAUUUUCCCCUCCAGUGAUGUGGUGUUGGGGGUUUUGUUUUUUUGGGGUGUUUUUUUGUUGUGUUUUUUUUAAGAGCUUUGUAUUUCAAAAUGAAGCACUUGUAGCCAAGGAGAAGCACUAAUCAAAACCUGUGUGGAGCAAUAGAGCAAAAAAAAAAAAAAGCAAAACCAAGACCAACCAAGACCACACAACAAAAUCUGUCUCAGUAAGUGUGGACACCAGAGCAGCUAUUAGUGUUCUUCUGUAAAAGAAAGGAAAAAGUUUAUUAUUUUGCUAAGUCUGUGAGCUGCUUGCUCCCUAGGAUCAUUUUUAACCAUUUCAGUCUUUCUGCUGUGAACGUCUGUAUUUGCUAAACUGAACAAUUUUUCUUUUCCUGAAACGAAGAUCCUUUUUUGAAAGCUUUCUAAUAAACACUUCAGAGUCAUAUAAGCUACAGUUUUCUCAACAAAAGCUGUACUAAGACUGGAGACUGCUAAAUAAUUCUCCUGAUACAAAUGAUCGUGAUUAUAUUUUUGAAAAGGGCAUGUGGGAAAGAGUUGGGAUUUUCAUUUGUUUGUUUAUAGGAGAAAAGCAAAGCUGAUUUUGCAAGAAGGACAAGCAGCACUCCUGGAAGAUUUUUAAAAGAGGCACAGACCAGUGGAGUGGAACAAAGUAAUUUAAGUACCAAAUUGGAUUUUGAUCCUCUAGAGGAAGAAAAGCAGCAAUGGCAAGUCACCAGCAGAUACUGUCACGAGAAGUCUGAGAAGAAACAUGGUGAUGCUUGAUUGAAACUCACAAGAAUAUAAGGGGGUCCAGUAGCUUUUCUUAUUACUCUCCCCUUUCUGGGGGGGAUGAACAGCUGGACCAGCACAGCUGUUGCUGCAGGAGAAGAACUGUGAAGAACUGCUAAAUGCAGCCGCUAGGAUUAUAGGUAAUACCUAAUUCAGGGACACGAUCCAGCCCAGCAGUUCUGCUUUUGCUUCCUUUUCUCUUAUUUCAGAGAUUGAUGUUAAGAUAAUGGUUCAUUCAGCUUUUUCUUUUAAAGCUACUAAGAUUUAUUUGAUGCAAAAAAUUGAUAAAUACCCUUUUUUCACAACCACCUCAGAAAAAGAAGUACAAGAGCAAAGGAGCAACAUAUUUGUGGCAAAAGACCAUUUCUUAACUCCUUUUGAUACAUCAAUUAAUGAGUUUCGCUAUUUGCAGUACUUGGAUUGAUUUGGGUAUUUCAGUUUCUCUGUCCCUUAGGAAGUAUACACUGGAAUGCGGCAACCUGGUGUUCUGUGUCCACUUGUAUCAAAUUACUGUUAAUUAAUGAUUAUUUCAAUGCAAAAAUAAAGGAAGGAUUUACUAGGAA